UGGCCGGUGUUGCUUUGAGAUUUAAUUCACGUGAAGUGCAGGGAUUCUGCACAUUUCCGAAUUGAUCUGUGUGAAAUGGCCCUUCCUCACGCUUUCAAACAUUAUGUUUUCUCCUGUGAGAGAAAUGCAGCUGGGCUGUUUUACUGGUAAACCUCCACAGCAGCUGUUAGUCAGACUGAAUGUCUGAAAGGGGACACUUGGCUAUUUGCAUACUUGUAGUGUUGCCAACACUGCUCCCACGAAAUGCGAUGCAUUGAUUUCCUUCUUGCAAAUAACUUUUGUGUGACUCUUUUUUCCCCCCCCUGCCCCUUCUACAACAUCAUCUGUGCCACUACUAAUCUGCAACAUUAUCAGCUAACUUCAUGGACAGUGGUGUCAUCUUGGUGUCCUUUUGCGAGUUUAUCUUAAACGUAACACUUUUUGGAGGUGUCUGGUUUUGUUGCUGCAAAGUUUUAAGACAGUGAACACUUUUACGUGCACACGUUUUCCUUUUCCUUUUUUUGGAGACAUUUUUCCGAGCAUGUGUGAAAGGAAGAGGAAGCAGCACAAGACUGUUGCUGCACAGGCUGGGGAGAUGUGUGAGAAUGAACACGCAAGGAAUUAUGAGUGGCACUAUGGAAGACUUGGUGCAGAGUGUUACAAGCUUAAAGUCUACAAAAGGGAGAAUUACAAGGCUUUGCUGUGAGAAAAUUGUAUUUUCUCCUCUGUGACACCAGCUGUUCCAUUGGAAUCGCCGCUUCUUGCCUCAAUUUACUGUUUGAAUUGAGAACUUCCACCCUGUUGUGGAUACUUGGCCACCUGCAAGUUAAACUCAUUUGAUUACCCUUCUUCUUCUUUUUUCUAUUUGCCAUCCUGUUGCUGUUUUUUUCUUUUCUUUUUUUGUUAUAAAUACUUUCUUUCCCAGAGGGAUCCUUGGUGUUAUUUGAAGGAGGAAAUUCUUCAUAUUCGUAGCUGAAAAUUGCCAAUGGGAAGCAAAGACCACAUGAUAAGGGUUGUUUGUGUUCUUCUGAAGGCUUCCUGUGUGCCCAACUGGGUGCAACAGUGGAUCCCUUGUCAUAUUUGGUGCUUUAGGGAAAUACAAAGAAAGAAAACCCCCAAAACAGAAAAAACAACAUUUAGAAACUAACUUCUUAUCUCCGUGGUGAUGGGGAGUUCAGCCUCGUCUCUCACUGCAGAGACUGAGUCGGACCAUGGCUUUCGAAGUACCUCCUACCCUUCGUCACCCCCUGUGGGCUGGCUCAGGAACAGCCACAGCAGCCCCGUGUGGGGUACCACCUUCAUCACACGGCAGCAGCAGCAGCCGUUGCCUCAUCGAGAGCGCAGCCACUCUCACUCUCCAGGCUCCAUGGCAGCAGCGGUGCAAGGCAGUGAGUGGUCAUGUGGGCGCUGUACUUUCUUAAAUGCCGGUGCAGCACCUCGCUGUUCUAUCUGUGAGGCGCCACGCCAGAAACCCGACCUCAACCAGAUCCUGCGCCUCAGCAGCACUGAGGAACACCGCUGGACCUGUCCCCGCUGUACCCUCAAUAACCCGCAGGGAUCUGGAGCCUGCUCGGUCUGUGGCUUUGGUCCAUCACCCGCCACUCACACACCUCCUACGACCACCAUAGCUGCCACUGCCAAUGGUCUCCCUUCUGCUCCCACUGAGCCCCCAACACCCACGAUCACCCCCACAGUGCUACUUGAGCCCCAUGGACAGCAUCCAGCUAAGGAGGAAGUGUUUCGGCGGUCUGAGAGCAAUGGAGAGGUGGGUGGUCAGGAGGGUCAGCAGGCGGGCUGGGCUUGUCCUCGGUGCACACUUCACAACACCCCUGUGGCGCUUUCAUGCUCAGCCUGUGGUGGGCCUAGAAAACUGUCUCUGCCUAAAAUCCCCCCAGAAGCGCUGGUAGUGCCUGAGGUGCGCACGCCAGUAUUGGGCUUUCCUGUUCACACAGCCGCUUCGGCCCCGCUACUGAUUGACCUAACAGAUGACUCCCCCCCAGCCCCGCCCUGUGAUCCUCAAGAAGCUCCCCAUGCGUCUUCACAGGCCCUCGCCUCCACCUUUACUUCAUUCUCCUCCCUCCAGAACAAUCCUGUGCCUCGCAGCAGGCGAGAGGUACCGCCUCCGGGACGCCCACCGAACCCAGGAACCAACACUCCCAGCCCCACUUCCCCUUCAGCUGCCAGUGUGCCACCCCAACCUGGCCCACAGAGGCCAGCUAAGCCCAAGCACGCCCAGCCCCAGGAACCUUCUUACCCCAGCAAGCGCCUCAGUAUCUUGGAGGAAGAAGAGUCUCAGCACCACCCACUGACGCCCCACCUACCUGUUGCUUCCACAUCAGCCUCUACCUGGAAGUGCCCUAGCUGCUCCGUGGCCAACCAAGGCAGCUCAACGAAGUGCGAGACCUGCAGAUCGUCAAGGGGUGGUGCUGACCUCAUCGACCUAGUAGGCUGUGAAACGGUACGAUUUACCCCAGCAAGCCCCUCGAGCCCGGACUUUAGCACAUGGGCCUGCUCUAAGUGCACCCUGCGCAACCCUACAGGUGCUCCCAAGUGCUCAGCUUGUGGUUCUUCAAAGCUGCAUGGCUUCCAGGAGCAGCAGGUGCCUCUACCCCGCUGCUGUACACAUUGUGGCCUCCCAGUGGGGCCUGGUACUGCAUCUUGCUCCUGCACACCUUCCUCUUCUUCAUCAUCCUCAGGUCAUAAAAUACGUAAACAGGCCCGGGGCUUUCCUUCAUCCUCUUCUGCCGUUGCCUCCUCUGGUUCUUCUUCGUCCUCCACCUCAUCUAGCCUCCAGGAGAAGGUAGGACAGUGGAGCUGUCCAGCAUGCACGCUGCUCAAUGAUAUCAAAGCCAAGAACUGUGCAGCAUGCCACACACCCCAGCAGUACCUCACCCUUCGCAAGGUGGUUAAACCUCUGAAGAGAAGGGAGAGCAUGCAUGUAGAGGCGCGACGACGGAAUGAUGAGGGCGAGGCAAAGGAGCUUUGGGAGAACAUAGUCAGCUUCUGCCGGGAGAAUUCAGUGAACUUUGUGGAUGACAGUUUUCCCCCCGGACCUCGAUCUGUCGGCUUCCCAGAGGGCGACAGCGUCCAGCAGCGAAUCAAAAAGUGGCUGCGUCCCCACGAGAUCAACUGCAGCAAUUUCAAAGACCGAGGAGUCAAGUGGUCCGUGUUCCGCACACCAAGGCCCUCAGACAUCCUGCAAGGACUUCUUGGAAACUGCUGGUUCCUGAGUGCACUCGCUGUGCUGGCAGAGCGUCCAGAGCUCGUGGAGAGGGUGAUGAUCACCAGGACCAUUUGUCCAGAGGGGGCUUACCAGGUUCGGCUAUGUAAAGACGGGACCUGGACGACGGUGCUGGUGGACGACAUGUUGCCCUGCGACGAUUACGGCUACCUUCUGUUUUCCCAGGCUCAGAGGAAGCAGUUAUGGGUGGCGCUGAUUGAGAAGGCCCUGGCCAAACUCCACGGUUCCUACUUUGCCCUGCAGGCAGGGCGUGCUAUUGAGGGUCUGGCCACGCUGACAGGGGCUCCGUGUGACUCCCUCAUGCUUCAGGUCAGCUCCACGAACCCGCGAGAGGAACCCAUUGAUACAGACCUCAUCUGGGCCAAGAUGCUUAGCUCCAAAGAGGCUGGGUUUCUUAUGGGAGCGUCUUGCGGAGGAGGCAACAUGAAGGUGGACGAUGCUGUUUACGAGUCGUUGGGUCUGAGACCUCGACAUGCAUAUUCCAUUUUGGACGUACGAGAUGUCCAGGGUUACAGGUUGCUGCGGCUGCGUAACCCUUGGGGUCGCUUCUCGUGGAAUGGCAGCUGGUCAGACGAGUGGGCAGACUGGCCUCAGCACCUCCGCCAUGAGCUGAUGGCGCACGGCAGUAGUGAAGGGGUCUUCUGGAUGGAGUACACUGACUUUAUAAAGUACUUUGACUCAGUGGACAUUUGUAAGAUCCACUCUGACUGGCAGGAGGUGAGACUACAAGGCUGCUUCCCCAGCAAAGCCAAUGGGCCAGUCACGGUCACAGCUCUCACUGUGCUGGAGAGGACGGCACUGGAGUUUGCUCUUUUCCAAGAGGGAAGCAGGCGCUCCGACACAGCCGACAGCCACCUGCUGGACCUGUGCAUCAUGGUCUUCCGUGCCUCCUUUGGUAGCGGCAACAAGCUGACUCUGGGCCGCCUAAUGGCCCACAGCAAGCGAGCAGUGAAGAAAUUUGUUGGCUGUGAUGUUAUGCUGGAGCCAGGGGAGUAUGCUGUUGUCUGCUGCGCCUUCAAUCACUGGCAGAUGAAUGUCAGCAGCACAGGGGGUCCACCCACACCCAUCUCUAGCCCCACCAGUGGAGCAGUACGGCGGCCCAGCCAGGACUUCCCCGGCUACAUCCUGGCCAUUUACAGCUCUCGUCAGGUGAUGGUGGAGCAGGUGGAAGCGACCGCGACCACAUUGGCCGACGCGAUUAUUCUACUCACAGAAAACAAAGGCGAAAGACACGAGGGCCGUGAGGGCAUGACAUGCUACUACCUGACCCACGGCUGGGCAGGUCUCAUCGUGGUGGUGGAAAACCGCCACCCCAAGUACUACCUCCACGUCUCCUGUGACUGCACUGACAGCUUCAACGUGGUGUCCACACGCGGCAGCCUCAAGACCAUCGACAGCGUCCCGCCUUUACACAGGCAGGUGCUGGUGGUGCUUUCUCAGCUGGAGGGAAAUGCCGGCUUCUCCAUCACCCACCGCCUGGCUCACCGCAAGGCAGCCCAGGCCUCCCUGGGAGACUGGACCCCCACCAAGGCCACACACAGCCCCCAGCUCACCCCGGACAUUGACGGCCUGCACCGACCCCGGCCUCUAUGACCACCGCCCACUUUAUCCCAGACUCACUUGCUCUAGUCCAAUAAACUGUCAGACCACUGGAAAAAU